AAAAUCUGCUUCAAAGACUCUUCAAUUCAGCCAUAUCAGCAUGAUUCGGUCUUCACAACGAGCGGCUAAAGAAAAUUGGCAAAAUUGAGAAAAAGCUUGGGCUUCGGUCAUCAAUUCGAACAGAAAGUAAAAGUUCUCUGUGAUUCUAAUCGUGACUCUAAGCGUAAUAUCAUCGGUCGUUACUGCCUCGUGCGACUACUACUUACACUAAUAUCAUCGUUACUGCCUCGUACAACUGAUAUCAUCGGUCGUCGCUAGGCUCUCCCUUGUACAAGUAUGCAUACUUCUCAGUAACCACUGCUCUCCAUCCAUAUCAUGUGAGAUCUUCUAGUAUCCACAUAUGAUUCAUUGCUGUGGUGCCCUUGAUGGAACGAGAUUCAGAGCGUGCUGUUGGUUAAAAUGCCUCUAUCCAUCACGUUGCAGUGCUAGUGGUUGACAAGCUGUAAAUCUAAUAAUAUUUCUUCCCUGUACUACUCUUUCCAAACUUAUCCAACAUUAGUCGUGUUCAAGAGGAAUCGUCCUCGGACUUGUAGUUGUAGUCCAACUUCAACAGUUUUAGUCCAACUCUGAUGCACUAUCGAAGCAUAAUCUAAGACUUGUGAUUCAAUUUUUUCACCUUGUUGAUUGCCGUGAAAAAAACAUGAGUGGCAUUCUCAACUACCAAUUCGGCGGGUCGUCUAGCAGCACAGCUGCGAGCUCGUCCUGCGAGAUCCGUUCGACGCACAGCUAUUUUGUGCAAGAAGACGAGCACGACAACAGCCGGGUGUACACCACUAGCCGCGAGGCCGGUUCCUCCAUGGGAAGAAAGACAACAAAGAUGAUGAGGAAAGGCCCAAGUAGAGAGAAAGACGAGACGAGACGUGACGAGGCGAGACGUCGACAAGGUAUUCUUUUCAUCACUGUGUAGCUUAUACAUGAAUAUACUUGUGUCUAAUAAGCAAGAAGACGUCAUCUUUGGGAAGAUUGAUGCACCUUACUGCUCUGUAGAGGUCACUUACACGAAUGUACUCUACCUUGUUCAUUCUGAAAGAAGUACUAACAUGACUUCGAUAGGAGAGAAGUUAUUCCCUGUUGUACCCAUUUUCCUGCAGGUCAACAGGGCAGUCGCGAUGGAAACCGCAGGCGACCAGCGAAGACCCUGUUUGCCACGUCUUCGGCUGCGUUACUUCAUUCUUGCGGCGUUUCUUUGGUGGCCGGCCGGCAAAUGGCUGUUCCGAACGACUCUAUCGAUAACCUUAUGGCAAGUAACAACCUAUUUUUGGGAUGAUGAGGUGGUCAUAUUGUAGGUGAUUUUUCUUUUCCCUCUUUUACGCAAGAAGAGAACAAGCCACAUGACCGCCUAGAAGUAAGUAGAACGAACCUCUAUUUUUUGAUUCUUUUACUUCGCUCUAAUUCUUGCAGCGAAUGGGUGGGUGGUGAAGCUCAAGACACAAGAGACGAGACCAGCACUUCUCCUGUGUUCACUGGGCACACAGGAAGAAAAACGGAUGAGAGUCAUGGGCGCCGCAGCACGACUGAGCACACAGAGCAUCGGACCGCCAGCGAGGUCCGUCGAAGUAGAACGACCGUCACCGUGGAUGAACUAGGGGAUUUGCAACUGCUCGACGAGUCGAGGGCCGAUGGCGACGCUUUGAUGCAAGUGGUGGAUGAGAGUGCGCAACAAGAUGUAACUGGAUAUGCAUUCUUCACUGACGUAGCGGACGAGCAGGAGGCCAUGGAAUUCGCCUGGGAUGGAGGACCAGCACUGAGGAAUCGCCGUGACCCUGGUCGUGCGUCCUCGACAUGGAGGUGGACGAACGCGACAGCGGAGUCGUUCAUGCAGACGGAGUCAGCCACUAGUAGAGGCAGUGUACCAAUAGAUGCAUUUUCGUCAUCGUCCGGAACCAAACCCAAAGGAGACUCGUGCAUUGCAUACGGCAGCAACGACGAAGCGGCUGAGAUCGAGAGGAUGCUUAAUGGGCGUUUGACAUCUAAACUCUAUCGAGCUGCGUAUCAACAUGCUCAAAAGCUUCCGCGCUGCUAUUUUCCGGAAGUAUACGCACGCGGCAAGCAUGCGAGUAGCGUACAGAUAUCGGAGUACAGCUUGUCGUCAUCUACGGAUGAGUUUGGCUACUGGAGCGAAUGGGUCAAGAAUUAUGUCUGACAUAAGUAUACUCAUCCCCGUUGUAUCCCUCUACAGCACACUCGAGGGAAAUUCGCUCUGAACAUCCUAUGCAUAGAUUUGACUUCUUGUCGGCUCUAAUGUCCGUGGAUGCGGUUAAAUCCGUACUCUAUGGCCGUCAGCCAAACCGAGUUCUACGAGAACUACCAGAAAACUCUAGCGCAAGCCUACCUCAUCAGCCGGUACCUUUCUUUCGCAGGUUACGUCAUCGCCUUCAUAGCGACGAGGCCGUCUGGCAUCUUCUUGCAGAUCCUGAACUUAGUACUAAGGGACAUCAUGUUCGAGAAGUCCCCACAAGCUUCUUCAUCACAGGCCAAGGAACCAGGCUCUCCGUUCCCAUAUGGGUCGCUUGCCGUGGAAGACCAGUUGAACAAGGAGAUGGAGGUCAUCCUGCGUCUCUUUCCAGCAGGUGAUCAUGAUAAUGUGAUGAAGGUAGUCUGUAAGUACCACGAGAUGGUGGUUUCGGAGUUCAAAAGUUAGGGGAAAGUAUACGCAUUGACAUAUGGCCUACGUCGUUUCGUCGAGAUAGCCUUUCCAAUGUACUUGAACGUGGUAGAAAAUAAGCCGUGAAGGCAUCACUUUCAUACUAAAUAGAUCCUAUUAGAAAAGAUGCGGCAUUCCCAUAGGAGGAGAUAGCUCAGCCCUCCCCACGACCUCUAACGCAACAAGUGUCAAGGCAAGACAGAGGGACCGGAUGGUGAUCGCUGCUUGCCGGUGGCACAGGCCGCGGUUGAGGCAAAACUUAACCUGGUGUCCGCCAGUGCCACCCUACAGGACUGCCGCCCGAGCGAAUCAGCUCUCUCUUAAGGCAACUAUGAAGCCUAUUGAGGACUUGAAGACUCAAGCUCGAUUGCGUUUGCUUCGUGUGUCAAAAUUUAUAAGCUUCAGCAGCGCAUCCGCAUCCUCAGCAGCAUGCUUGCUGUCGUUUUUUCCCUUAGUGAAAAGGCCUAAUUGUCAACACUACACUCGAGUAGCCGGGAGCUGUCCCGGGUGUUGAAGCUUACUUGCUGGCAGAUAUCGUAUUCUACUUCUGGUUUCAUCGCCGGUAACUCUAACUCUCUUUUCUGUCGGGAAAGGGGGUGAGCGCUCGAAUGGACUGGCAGGGAGAUUCACGAGGCACUCUGAAGAGCACAGUACGUGAUAUCCUAGAAGAGAUGCCAAGUUAAGACUCCGAGGCCCCCUACAAGAUCUUCUCUUUGUAUUUACCUAAGGGAUUAGGAACAAGUACUUUGUCGUAGUGAUGUCUACGUUUCAAAUUUGGCUGUCAUACCACUGCCUCUCUGUCACUUAUGAAAUCGAGACGAUGCUUAUGCACUCAGACAGUUAAUUAGUGAAUCACGAAUGCUGUUGGCUCUAAUCGCAGGCGGCUGUAGCUCAAACUUCAGAUGUAGAGCAGUCUGCUCAGCUACAAACAAGUACUGACGACGUAGUACGCAGUAUCAUGGGGGUGUUUGACGAGAAAGCGUAUGCGGGCGCUGAACUUCAGCUGGUAGUAGUUGGCGGCAGUGGGAAAGUGCGUAGCGGCAUGAAUAGUAGACGACCAGUAGAGCUAGAGCGGAUAUAUUUUUCUCUUCCAUUCGGUGAACCAUCAUUUGGCGCGGAUACGGAUGGGGGUGUAUUUCUGACGACAUGCAAGCUCCUGAUGAAUCAAGUUGGCGCUGACUCGAAAGUCCAUUCAGAGGAGGAAAGCAAACAGGCAGAGACGCUGACUGGAGAUGAGAGUACCCUCACGAAAGAUUUGAGGCAGCACUUCAAGAAUUAUCUGCAGACGGUGCAACGGCUGGACCUGUACCCAAGACAAGACUGGCAUGUAUGCAUACACGUUUGAAAAACACGCACUCGCAACAUUUUCUGUUGUUGAGGAGAGAGAUGUUAUAUUUACAGGGUAGAUUUUUACAACGUAUCUAAUCGUCUACUACUUUCUCGUGGUCAUGUUGUAGUGUCUUUUUGGAGUGAGUCUCCUUAUUGCCCGCACAAUCUCUUUUCCCAUGAGUUCCAUCAAUCUGUGAACAAAGACUCUUGGCAACUUGGAAUGGCGCAGAUUCACUGAGUGUAGAUGCUCCUCUUUUUGUCUGAAAGGUAAUCUGGUACGGAAUUGAGGAUCCUACGUACUACCCAUCCCUCGAGUAGACAAGGAGAUUAUAGGUGUUGUAGCAGGUGCGUCCAAUAGACAAAGACGCAUAGAGUGAGAUAGAUCUAGGUCUAUUCUUAUUUUUGACUAGGAGGCGUCCAUAAUGUGCUCUAAGAAGUAAUUUUUACGACGACAAGCAGUUUCGGAUUCUGCCGCCGCCCGUGUUUGAUGCAGAGAACAGACCAGCAGCUACGUCGUCGGGAAUGCACAUUUUGCGCCUAGCGGAAAAUGCGGACCAAGCAGAAAAACGACUAGAGGUUUUGCGCAACUGGUACAAGAAGCUGAAGGAGAUUGUUACUAAGAGUGGGAUCUUCGACGGCAAAAAGGAACAGGUUGGAGAUGAAUAGUGACUUGUUGAAAUAUUGAAAAUAACAGAGUUAGAGAAAAUGGGUUCAAAGCAAUGAUGGGUUCUUUUACUAUUUGCAUCCUCUUCCUUCAUUUUUGUGAAUCAGGACCUCGUGUGGACCUUCUAGAGAAAAAAUCGCACACAAGGAACGAAAGAAGUUGAGUACCUUUUUUCAUGAUUUGCGACACUCUUGUCUUAUUCAGGUCGGCCUCUCCAAGGCUACGGCCGGGUCUACGCUUGGCGAUCCGGCAGCGCUGUCUCAUUAUGUUUGGCUUCUUUUGCAGUGAAUAAGAAAAUAGAGUGAUUUGGAAUGUUCUUUGUCGGUCUUUAUCUCUGUUUGUUCCGUCGGCGUGACAACAUUAUCAAUUGGCUCAAGGGAUGCAAUUCGGCCGCAUAUCGAUAGGUCUGCACUUGUGUGCGGGUUCAGGCUAGCGCUCAAGGCCGAUAGAAUUUCGACUUUCGUGCAUAUAUUUUUUGAGCUUAGUGCUCCUCUUAGAACAUGAGUUGAAGGCGUUCACCUGCUAGCCUCAUUACAAUAUGUCUUCGUAAUGAUUCCAUAAAUUGAGUCAUGAUCUUGUUCUUCUUGUUCGUUAAUCGCUAACUCAUCCAUGGGUAUUGUCAGGUCUACGUCCUUGACAAAAAAUAAUGAGAAAGUUUGAUCCAGACCCUCCCGGAUUAUCUUGUUGAUGUGUCCUACCUUUCUUCAUGAUGAGAAGCCGGGGACGAGCAGCAGCAGCAGCACUUCAGCGCUCGAGGUGGCCGCUUCCGGCACAACGAGUAUCCAACCUCACGACGCCACUGCUGCAACCGAUAUCACUGCGGAUUCCUCGUCCGACGCGCAUUAUGGCUGGCUGACUAAUUGGGUGUCUAAUCAGUGCGUGGCAACGUAGUUUCAAGAUUCUAAGUGAGUAGAAAAUUACAAUGAGUUAGUUCAUCUUUGAACAGGUUCCUUGCUGGUUUCCACAUCAUUUCAUAAGGAAUGGCAGUACCAGAGUAAGUGGUGAAUCAUAUCUCCGAGAAACCAAAGGAAUGAAAAACCUCUAUCAAUGUGGACAAUGAGUUGUAGUUCGACUGUUAGUUAUUUUCCAAGCAGUUUCACCAGUGAAUACUCUAACAUUCUGAUCGCACCGGCAACGGCGAUUCGGCCACUCAGUCCCGUUUUACGGCAUCCGCGGAUUUUCUCGCCGACCCCUUGCAUCAGUAAGGAGCAUCAACAUCAAGGAAGACCACCUGUAGUAGGGACAUCAACAUCAAGAAAAAAUAACACAAACGAAUAUGAAAAGAAGUUUAGAAGAUGUUAGUGUAGGGGUAUUGACCUACAGAGAAAAAGUCCUUGUGUAUUUUUG